AUGCAGCAGCAGAGGACCAAAUUGUAAAAUUUCCGCACUGUUGUAGACAGCAUAUCUCUCUCGUUCCCCUUUUGCUCUCCGAAAACCCUAACCCCUCGCCGCCGAUCCGGCCCUCCUCCGCCGCUGGCCGCCAUGCCGGACGUGCAGCCGCUCGUCAGCGAGUUCGUCCUCAAGCUCAAGCGCCGCAAGGUGGAGGGGUCCCAUGCCGUGGCGCGGCAGACGGCGGAGCUGCUGCGGUCGGUGGUGUCGCAGCACCGGAUGGGCAGCACCAACCAGGCGGCGGCGCUUGCGGACGCCGUCCGCGGCGUCGGGGAGCAGCUCAUCGCCGCCAACCCCAUCGAACUUGCUGUUGGAAACAUUGUGAGACGUGUUUUGCAUAUAAUAAAAGAAGAGGAUAUAUCUUCUACAGCAGUUGGUAUUGAAGGCCUUUCUGUCACCGCUGAGAGCGAUGAUGAAUAUGACAGUGGAAAUGAUGAUCACCCUACCUUAUCUGCUGCUGUCCUUGCUGCCCAUGCUAGAAAUGCCCUUCGGGCACCUUCAUUGCAGACACUUCUGGAAGAUAUUCCUGUGAGCACUGCGCUUUCACGUUCCGCAUCGUCGGCUGGGGACUCUGAUGGAAAAUCAGCUGGAGAUAAGAGCUCAAAAUCUCGGAAACUCAAGCAUGAUGUUAUUGCAGCCAUUGGUGAUCUAAUUGAUGAAAUUGAUACGUGCUAUGACCAGAUCUCUGAGCAAGCCGUGGAACAUAUUCACCAGAAUGAAGUAAUUCUAACUCUAGGCCGCUCUAGAACGGUGAAAGAGUUUCUGUAUGCUGCCAAAGAGAAAAAGCGAUCUUUUCGUGUAUUUGUUGCUGAAGGUGCUCCCAGAUAUAAGGGUCAUGUUCUUGCAAAAGAGCUGGUUGAGAAGGGUGUACAAACUACUGUUAUAACAGACUCUGCAGUUUUUGCUAUGAUCUCCCGUGUUAACAUGGUCAUAGUUGGAGCCCAUGCAAUUAUGGCAAAUGGUGGAGUUAUUGCACCAGUAGGAAUGAACAUGGUUGCUCUUGCUGCUCAAAGGCAUGCUGUUCCCUUUGUUGUGGUUGCUGGCAGUCACAAGCUAUGUCCUUUGUAUCCACACAACCCAGAGGUUUUACUGAAUGAACUUAAAUCACCAUCUGAUCUGCUCGACUUUGGCGAGUUCUCAAGUUGCAUGAACUUCAGUACUCAGGAUGGCACUCCUCUUCUGAAUGUUGUCAAUCCAACGUUUGACUAUGUGCCACCAAAGCUUGUGAGCCUUUUCAUCACUGAUACGGGAGGGCACAGUCCAUCAUACAUGUACCGCCUUAUCGCUGAGUAUUACUCAGCUGAUGAUUUGGUAGUGCGGCGGAAGUCGACAUCUUCAUAGAACAAAAAAGGCGCACUAGAGUACUUUAGUAUGUUGGCAUUCUGAAGGUACAAUCUAGGAUGUACACAAAUGCUGUUAGAGAGGUUGCUGUCCUCAAUGGAAUCAGCUGUUUUGAUCUGGAAGUUGAAUUCUGUAAUUAUUACCACCGAACCGCAACCAAGCAUUUUGAGUGUAGACUGUUUGAGGCUAUGGGCGUGACGGAUGCCUGAUUGGAACAUGAAUUGUAUAAACUAGAGAAGGAAGCUACAUAUGUGAUGCAGGGUGUAAAGUGUGGAUGUUUUCGAGUCCGUGCAUCCUGUGAUCUGCCGAGUCCAAAUUUUGUCUGUUCUUGAGUCCCAAAUGUUUCAUGCCAGUGUUAAAAGCCAAACAUUGAUGGACUUAGCUAAAGAAUUUUCCUUAUAUAUGUGUAUGUAUGUUCUCUACCA